UAUCUAUAAAAACCACUGACUUACACAGCGCACCUUAGUAAACACCGUAUCAACCGAGAGCACCUCAGUAACCAGCAUGCAGCACAUAAACAGCAGGGCAGAGAGCCACCUGAGCAGUCAGGUAGAGUGUGAACUAGAGAGUGUAGGGAAACGAGGGUGGGUCAACCAGGCGUAUUGUGAUACCCCUCCAUUGGCAAGGCACUCCGUCAGCACUGUCUACAACAUUCCACCCCGUGUCGGGGCACCUAACCCCUACCAGGCAGAGGCCACAAUGCUAAAUCAACAGCCAGAGAAGAAGAAAUCUGGAUGCUGCUCUAUUUUCCUGCGAGGAAUUAAAGGACUAUGGGGAACAACACUGACAGAGGACACAGCAAAAAAUCAAGAACUCUAUCUCAAAACAACUCUCAGAGAGCUAUUUGUCUACAUUCUUUUCCUAGUGGACAUGUGUUUAUUGACCUAUGGCAUGACCAGCUCAACCACCUACUACUACACUAAAGUUAUGAAUGAUUUGUUUGUGAAUUCAUUUGAGUCUGUUGCAAGCAUGGACGAUUUUUGGACAUAUGCAGAAGGUCCACUGCUGGAUGGCCUUUACUGGACCACAUGGUACAAUGAUGAGCCUCUUGACACCGGCUCACAAUCCUUCAUUUACUAUGAGAACAUGCUCCUGGGAGUCCCACGUAUGCGGCAGAUAAAAGUCAAAAACAAUUCAUGCAAGGUGCCCUCAGACUUCCGUGCUGACAUCAGUAGCUGCUUUGAUGUGUACAAUGAGAAGAAAGAAGAUGAGUAUGUGUUUGGACUCGUCAAUGGAUCAGCUUGGACAUACCACACAGAGUCUCAGAUUAAAGGAUCAGGUCACUGGGGUUUGUUGGCCACAUACAGCGGAGCAGGGUACUAUCAGGACCUUGCCCUAACCAAAGAUUACAGUGCUGUUAUCCUGGCAGAACUCAAAGAAAACCUGUGGCUAGACCAUGGAACCAGGGCUGUUUUCAUUGAUUUCACUACAUACAAUGCCAACAUCAAUCUCUUCUGUGUUAUAAGGUUGGUGGUUGAGUUUCCCGCCACUGGUGGAGCAAUACCUUCAUACCAGAUCCGGACAGUUAAGCUGAUUCGAUACGUUACCUCAUGGGAUUACUUCGUCAUGGGCUGUGAGAUGGUCUUCUGCGUGUUCAUCCUUUACUACAUUGUGGAGGAGAUACUGGAGGUCCGAAUACACAAGUGCUCAUACUUCACCAGUAUCUGGAAUAUUCUGGAUGUGGUAGUGUUGCUGCUUGCUGUUGUUGCAAUCAUCUUCAAUGUAUUCCGGACUAUCAAAGUAAACAACCUGCUUGGAAUCUUACUAAAAGAUCCUAGCAGCUAUGCAGAUUUCGAGUUUCUGGCAUUUUGGCAAACGCAGUACAACAACAUGAACGCUGUAAACUUGUUUUUUGCUUGGAUCAAGAUAUUCAAAUACAUCAGUUUCAAUAAGACAAUGACACAGCUGUCCUCCACACUGGCGCGCUGUGCCACGGACAUCCUGGGGUUUGCGGUCAUGUUCUUCAUUGUGUUUUUCGCCUAUGCCCAGCUGGGCUAUCUUUUGUUUGGUACUCAGGUUGAAUCUUUCAGCACAUUUCAAAAAUGCAUUUUCACCCAGUUUCGGAUCAUCCUUGGAGACUUUGACUAUGAUGCCAUCGACAGAGCAAACAGAAUCCUGGGGCCAAUAUAUUUUUUCACUUAUGUGUUCUUUGUCUUCUUUGUGUUACUGAACAUGUUCCUGGCCAUCAUCAAUGACACAUACUCCGAGGUCAAGGAGGAGCUAGCCUCCCAUACUGAUGACCUCCAUAUUACAGAUCUUUUCAAACAGACCGUGAUGAAACUGAAAUUCAAAAAGGACAGGAUCUCAGAUGUUCAGAGGGCCUUAGAUGGUUCAACAGACUUGGAGUUUAGGGACUUCAGAGAAACACUAAAAGAAAUGGGUCAUGAUGAUCAUGAUAUCUCUGAAGCUUUCACCAAAUAUGAUAAGGAUGGCAAUCAAGUUCUAGACCGUGAGGAGCAAGAAAAAAUGAAAAGAGAGCUGGAAGAAAAAAGGAAUGCACUCAAUGCAGAGCUUCGGAAUCUUACACAGGGAAAUAAAACAGAAGACAGUGACACGGCAAGCUCCAACUCGGUGCAUCCGGAACAGUUUCACGUGUUGGUUAAACAAGUGGCUGAAUUGGAAGGUGCUCUAGCCAUCACAAUAUCCAAGAUCGACAUGGUCAUGGAAAAACUGGGAUUGCAGGACACUGAAAAAGCAAACAAAAGACAAAACAAUGGAAAGACACCUGGCAACCAGAAAUGAGCAAUAGGGGUGAACUGGAUGAUGUUAAACCUGAAGCGAGUUCCCAUCUUGGUCACUGGCUGCUUGAUUGAGAAGUGAAAGAAUUAAUCAUCAGAUAUUAUGGCCCACUGUUACAGAAAACAUUAACUCUACAGGUCACUGGAGCUGUGACCGGAGAACGUGACCAUCUUAAUGGCUAGGAAACUAGAUGAACUACACCUAAUUAUAGAAAAUCUUACUCUUUCAACCAGGGAUAUUGGGUAGAUGGCUGAGGUAAAUACUAUUCUAAAUAAAAAACAAACCAAAACAAUUAUGCCGUAUUAAGAAACUUUUCAUCAAAGGAGCAGGAAGACAGCAACCUGUAGAAAUCAUACACUAUUAUUUCAGUGUGGACAUCACAGAUUAUGUAUUUUAUGUCCUGUAUAUUUGAUGUAUUGUGAUACUUGAUACAUUUUUAAUGAUAAGAAAAUUUCUAACCUCACCACUUGAUAAGAGAUGUGUGAGUGAGUGAUUAAUUCUGUAUAGCAGCUCAAGGGUCUGAACUAGGGGUCUUCAAGAGUUUAAAUUCCAAGAGAAUAAGACAGCCUCUGCAAAUUCGCAGAUGUCAGUCUAAAUUUGGAUAAAAGCAUUUGCCUGAUGAAUUAAGACAGACCCCAUAUUAAAUGGGAUUAAAGCUGUUAGGUGUAAAUACCACAUUAAAUCAUAGAUACUGUAACCCAGCUUCACCUUUUGUCUAGAAUGUGAAGUCUUAAUAUUUAAUAAUUAUAUUCUUGUGUGUAAAGUGUGUAACUUUACUAAUGCUCAACUAGGCAUAUUUAAAAGCUUUAAAUGUAUUACAUGUAAUUACUCUUAGGCAUAUUACAACUUAUUUAAAAUGUGCUGAGCUUCAAUUGUGAAUGUAAAAUUUUGUGAACCUGGCACACUUCAUGCAUCUGAUGUUACAUGCUAGCUACAAACCGUCAGCGAUUAAAGAUUAAGGUUAGAAUAUUUAUAUAUAUAUAUAUAUAUAUUUAUAUAUAUAUAUAUAUAUAUAUAAAAAUAUAAAAGUUAUAUUUGUCUCUAAAAGCAAUGUAAAUGUUACUUUAGGCCCAAAAUAAAAAACAUACAUUAAUGUAUUCCUAGUCCAAUGGUUCAUUUAUUGAGACUCAUUUAGACUUAAAAUUAUCAAAUGCUAGACUGCAUUCAAACAUUUUACCUAUUACAUUCGGUUCCUGAAGCAACCUCAACAAAUGUGAUUUGAAACAUGCAUUUCAAAUCUACAAAGUCCCCCCGCAACAAAAAAAAUCCCCAAAUCUCAUUUGUCUGGCUACUAGAGAACAUGGCACGCAUAUUUGUCAAAACUGCAAAUGGAGGAAAUCUACUGUAGGGUCUAAAAAUCAACAAUACAGCUCUCUACAAGGGUCUCAGAUCAGUAAAACUGAAAACUGUGUGCCUGAAAAUUAAGGCUUCUUUGUAACACUGAGUGAAUUCAGCAUGUCAGCCACACAAACGUGUCUAUCAAGAGCAGCGAGGUUUCUGCUCUAUCCAGGGAAAGAAAAUAAGAAAAAAAAAAAAAGAUGCGCUGAAAACCCUU